AUUGUAAAAAAGUUGAAAGACACAACUGGGUUCCUUUUAUUUAACGAAAGGGUCCUCAGCAGCUACCUGCCUGUCCAAGUGUCUGUCUCCCUGGCUCUGGGCCUUGAAAGGGGGGCCUGGUCCAGGUGGCAGCUCUACAGCUUUCUCUCUGAAGGCUAUUCAGCCUCACAGUUGGGGAACCCGAGCCAGUGUACCUAGCUGCAGGAGCCUAAGAUGGGUGCCAGCCAAGCACGGGACUAGGUACUUCCAUUAGCCUGUCGUUGAAACUCUGGCCUUGGAGGGAGCCAGCUGUGUUGUUGUCCCUGUUAGACACAAAAGAACUGGCUUAGGGGGCCUGGGGCUUUGUGGAUGGUGGCCCAAGCAUCCAGCCCAGGUCAGGACCUCCUGCAGCCUACAUGUGCUGUUCCCUUUACAUUGUUCACACAUCUCUGAUCUCAGCUGGCAGCUGGGGGACAUGCCCUCCCAGGGAUAGGGUCUGGAGCACCUGCAAAGUGGAGUCAGGGUAAGGACUGGCACCCAGAAUGUCAGCAAGCUAGACACAGUGGACGUUGUGUCUGAAGCCAUGGGGCUUGUGGAACCAAAUGAACCAACCCAGCCUGGCCUGCAGCAGCAUUUAUGUUCUUGGUUACUCAAGAAAGGACCGUGUUCUCCUUUGAUGAUGGGUCAAUGUCCCAAUUAAGGGCUGUCUCCUUGGGACCUUUGGUUGAUUGUGUGACCAAAUGUCAACUUGCCCAGUUGGGGUUCCAGCUGAAGCCCUGCUCUGAAGAAAGCUGUGGCCUCCCUGCUUCAGUGAGGUCAGACAGGACCAGCUAGUCACUGCUCCAGGACUACCUCUUGCCAAAGCCCCACCUUGGGCCUCCAGCCCCACUCUGGAUCAGAAAUUGCAGGCUCUUUGUGACUUCCACAAGGAGCAAGACACUGACGCAGACUACAGACCAGCCCUGAAGGGGACCACCUCUGCUCCAGCCUCACCCUGCAAUAGAGGCCAGUCUCCUCUGUACCUGUAUGUACUGCUCAAGACUCUUCUGCAGAGCCAGGGGCCUGGAGACUUCUCAGCAGCCCACACGAGGGGCCUUAUACUUCAGGACACUGUCUCCUCAAGGACUAAGACUCUUGGUUGCUCAGCUCCCAGCCCAAUUUCACAGAGAUGAUGAGAGCCCUGGGAUAUCCUCGACAUAUUUCCAUGGAAAAUUUCCGUACACCCAAUUUUGGACUUGUAGCUGAAGUGCUUCUCUGGCUUGUGAAAAGGUAUGAACCUCAGACUGACAUUCCUUCUGAUGUUGAGAGUGAACAAGACCGAGUUUUCUUCGUUAAGGCAGUUGCCCAAUUCAUGGCCACAAAGGCACAUAUAAAACUCAAUACUAAGAAGCUUUAUCAAGCAGAUGGGUAUGCAGUGAAAGAACUAUUGAAGAUCACAUCUGUCCUUUACAAUGCUAUGAAGACUAAAGGGAUGGAGGGCUCUAAGAUAGGAGAGGAAGACAUCAGCAAAUUCAAGUUUGAUCUCGGCUCAAAGAUCGCAGAUUUGAAAGCAGCCAGGCAGCUUGCAUCUGAAAUUACCUCCAAAGGAGCAUCUCUGUAUGACUUGCUUGGCAAGGAGGUAGAGUUGAGGGAAAUGAGAACAGAAGCUAUUGGCAGACCCCUGGAAAUAAAUGAGACUGAAAAAGUGAUAAGAAUUGCAAUAAAAGAGAUUUUGACUCAGGUUCAGAAGACUAAAGACCUGCUCAAUAAUGUGGCCUCUGAUGAAGCUAAUUUAGAAGCCAAAAUUGAAAAGAGAAAAUUAGAAUUGGAAAGAAAUCGGAAGCGACUACAGACUCUGCAGAGUGUCAGGCCAGCCUUUAUGGAUGAGUAUGAGAAGAUUGAGGAAGAAUUGCAGAAGCAGUAUGACAUUUAUCUAGAGAAAUUUCGAAAUUUGACUUACCUGGAACAACAGCUCGAAGACCAUCACAGGAUGGAACAGGAGAGGUUUGAGGAAGCUGAAAAUACUCUUCGUCUGAUGCAGAACAAGCUAAAAGAAGAAGAAAAGCGGCUGCUAAAGAGCGGAAGUAAUAAUGGCUCAGACAUAGAGAUUCAGGAGGAGGAUGAAUCCGACAGUGAAUUGGAAGAGAGACAGCUGUCCAAGCCACGGACAGCCAUGGAGGUACUCAUGCAAGGGAGACCCAGCAAACGAGUUGUGGGCACAAUGCAAGGUGGAGACUCCGAUGAUGAAACGGAAGCAGCACCAGCUCUCUUAGAUAAAUGCAAGACCUCCAGCUCCAAGAAGCAGGAUGACUCAGAGGACAGUGAAAUUGACAUGGAAGACGAUGAAGAAGAUGAUGAUGAUUUAGAAGAUGAGAGCAUUGCUCUGUCACCUGCUAAGCCCAGUCGAAGGGUCCGGAAACCUGAACCCCUGGAUGAGAGUGACAAUGACUUCUGACCCUUUUGCCAAGGGACCUAUGCAGAUUAAAGCCCUCAGAUUUGUAGGUAAAUGAGGACAAAGUUUUAAGAAGGUAGCAAGUAUUUUGUUCAUUCAGCUAGAUGGACUCCAUUCAUUACUAAAGCAAUACUUAUUUCUGCUUUAGCCUCCUUGUUUGUUUUCCACAAAGCUUAAGUAAGAACUGAAGUAAAUCUCUGAUACGACUUCUUUUGCUUUAUUUGUGUCCUAAAACUUGGGAAAUGCAUGUGCUCUUAGUGAUUUAUAUCCACAGGACAAAAGAGAAGAAAUCAGAGUUGAUACCA